GGCCUAUGCUGAUACUAUGAAAGUGUGUAUCCUUAAAAUAAACAAGUCAGUCUAGUCAGAAUCUAGUUCACCAUCAGAGAAGAGGCUUCCAUCCACAAUCAAAACACACACAUCCUUAAAAAAGAGAGCGAUGGCAGCAGCACAUUCUUGGACUUGUUUGAUAUUGGUGUGGAUUAUUGCUGAUACAACUGGGAAAACUCCAGAUGUCCAGGUAACCUGCAUGUUCUCAGAAGAUUGUGUCCUACCAUGUAUCUUUGAAGCAGUUGGAGAUAAGAUCGUAUACUGGUUCAGACAGAAUGUUCUGAUCCACAGUUAUAAACAGGGGAGCAGCCUGUUAGAUCAGCCUGAUCAACACUACAACGGCAGGAUGUCACUAUUCACUGAAGUGAUUUCCUCUGGUAAUGCAUCACUUCAUAUUCAGAAGAGCGGCCCACAGGACAGGGGGAAGUACAAGUGUCUUGUCACCAGCAGUCGAAAAACCAGUGAGCACUUCAUCAUAGUCAAGGUAGAAGCCCCUAUCCGCUCAGUGAGCUUAGAAACGACACGUCUCAGUGGUUUUGAUGAAGUCAUAUGCUCCACCCGAGACGUCUACCCCGCUCCCCGCGUAACCUUGUUCGCAGAGCCAGCCAUUCUGCCUGACGCCCUCCAAACCUUCACACGCAAAACGGCUGACAAACAAGGCCGGUACUCAGUAGAGAGCAAGAUCAGGAAGCUGAAAGAUCUGACCUACAUCUGCCUCGUCCAAUCAUUCUACAGGUCUCAGAUAUGGAGGACAUCACUGCAGGAGAAAGAAAUAUUUAGCGUCGAAGGUCAGGACUUCAACAUCCCUUGCGUGUCCCCAUGGCACCUGCCAAACUUCACUCUGACAUGGUCCUUCACCAAAGGACAUGAGUCCGCAACCAUCUACACCUAUGACAGCCUCACACAGCUGAGCUCCAGCGUUUGGAAGGAGAAGGUGCGACUGGUGACCCCCAGGGGUCAAGGUGGGGACGGCUCACUGCAGCUACGCAGCCCGCUGAGACUGGAACAUACUGGUACCUACACCUGCAUCCUCUCUGCUCUCCAAACCAAACAUGAGGUCCAUACUAGGGUCAUCAUACCAGUGACUGAUAAAAGACUGUCCGAGAGCUCCACCCAGUGGUGGAUUCCUGCUGCUGCCAUCACAGUCCUUGCAGUCGCUGCAGUCGCAGCAAUCAUAGGGACUAUAAAAUGUAAAGUUGGCUGUUCAAAAUCAAGUCAAACCCAUGUAGAGGCUGCAGAGAUGCAACCAAUCAGAGUGACUGAUGCAAACAGUGGAGCUCUAUCUGAGGAUACCUGCUUAACGGAAGAAAUCGCCAACAGACCUGCAUGAGAAUACAUGGAGGAAAAAUGUGUUUACAUUAGUAUAGAUGGGACUCCAGCAAUCUGAACCCCCUUCAAGGCCUUCCUUUAAAUCCUGAAAAGUGAUCGAUUUGCUGUCAGGAUAAAAGAAGAGACAGAGCCACUCUCUCCAAAGCCAUGCCUCCUCCAAACUACAUGAACGCACACUGCCAGAGCAGUUUCUGCAAAGCAUCAUGAGAGAUGGCGUCAAAUUACCUCAUGUCUCAAAUCACAUAACAUUACAAUAAUAAUUAAAGCUGCAAGCAGCGAUGAAAGGGCCCUCGCAGGCUCGCACCCAUGCCACCCGGUGGCUUUAGGAAACAGAGCACGGUGGGCAGUAUGCAUUUAAGUAUAUAUAGGAGGACUAUGUCAGUCAUUUGUAUUUGCCACACUUCCUGCUACCAGCUGGUGGCGCUAUGACUAUAAAUUUUGGCAUGUAGAUGUCUUCAGGAACUUAUCAAAUAUGUGAAGUUUAAGGCAGAUUGGACAUUGUAUGCUUGAGUUACAACAACUUCCUAUUUCAUGACGAUAAUAGCAUGCUUUAGCACUCAGCUAAGUGUUGCUAGCAUGUUUAGUACUCAAUUGCAUAUUUUAGUAUAUUGCUAGUAGUGCAUCACUGUGUUAAACGCGUCUCUUCCUGUUGCCAGUGGGUGGCGCUAUUACUAUAACUGAAUAUUGUCAUGUAGAUGUGUUCAGGGUAGGACUCUUCUCAAACAUGUUUGUUUGGACAUUCUGGGCAAAUUCCAAAUGGAAGUGAGCAUCCCUAUGCCCUACUCCCUUCAAAGAGCAGAGCCCUUGAAGUGGGGACUUUGGAGGGAGCAGGGCACUUGUGUGCCAUUAUGUAGCCAUUUGGAAUGCACUUGGUGAAGGGAGUAAUAAAAGAAAUUGUAGCCUAAUUUUUUCAUUAUCUUCAUGUGGGAUGUUCCCAUGACAAUGUAGCACAGUGUCCAUCAGCUGAUUAGCUGUUCUUACGACAGAAAUUUCUUAUUAUUGCUGUUAACAUAACUGUUACAAAUAAAGAUACAUUUUAUAUAUAUAUAUAUAUUUUUAAAUGUGUUAUAUAUAUAUGUGUGUGUGUGUGUGUGUGUGUGUGUGUGUGAGUGUAUUUAUCUGUUUUCAACUUUAAAACUUGCCAUCUCAUCUUUGGACACUGCAAGAAAACACAUUCUUACCUAUGAAACUUAUUUAAACAUGACAAAAAUGUGUAAAAUAUAUAUAUAUAAAAAAAAAAAAUUAAAAAAAAACUUGAAUUGCUCUGUUUGUAAGUUAACUCGAACUCUCCCGCCAUCUAGCUUUAAAAUGAAUAAGGAGUAUUCGCUGGGUCACAUGGCUUCCUUGAAGUGACCAUCGCAUUUACCCUUUGCGAACAGCCUUGUGGAAGGGCCCUUCGUGAAGGGAUUCAGUUACUUAGGCCCUGUCCCAAAUGGCACACUUCAUGUGCACUUUCGGUCU